GCAAGAUGGCGGCGGCCGGCGAAGAGACCCCAGGCUCCUGCGGGCCGCGCCGGGAUCCGCCGAGGCGGCCGCCGAGGGACGGUUACGGUGUCUACGUAUACCCCAACUCUUUCUUCCGAUAUGAAGGAGAGUGGAAAGGAGGGAAGAAACAUGGUGUUGGGAAGUUGCUGUUUAAAGACGGAAGUUAUUACGAAGGAGAGUUUGUGGACGGAGAGAUCACAGGAGAAGGCUGCCAGCACUGGGCCUGGUCAGGAAACACCUACUCCGGACAGUUUGUUUUGGGAGAGCCUCAAGGACGCGGCGUGUUGAAGUACAAAGCCGGUGGAUAUUACGAAGGAGAGGUCUCCCACGGCCUGCGGGAAGGGCACGGGUUCCUGGUGGAUCCGGCUGGACAGGUGUACCAGGGGUCAUUCCAUGGCAACAAGAGGCACGGCCGCGGGCAGAUGCUCUUUCGGAACGGUGACAAGUACGACGGCGACUGGGUCUGGGACCAGCGUCAGGGACACGGGGUGCUGUGCUGUGCGGACGGCUCCGUCUACGAGGGACAGUGGCACAGUGACGUCUUCAGUGGACUGGGCAGCAUGGCCCACUGCUCAGGGGUCGUCUACUGCGGGUUGUGGAUCAACGGGCACCCAGCGGCACAGGCCACCAGGAUGGUGAUUCUGGGCCCGGAGGUGAUGGAAGUGGCCCAGGGCUCCUCCUUCACGCUGAGCGUCCAGCUGCAGCAGGACAGUGGGGCGGUGGCCGAGAGCGAGAACGGCCGGGUCCUGCAGCUCUCAGCGGGUGUCAGGCGAGUGCAGCUGCCGGCCUACUCCGAGGUCAGCUUUUUCAAGGUGGACGAGGACAGCCGGGAGACGUCCAUUCAGACCCCGUUUGGCUUCGAGUGCAUCCCUUAUCCCCUGUCUGCGGGGACGCUGGAGCCCGGAGCGGCCCUGGAGGAUGCUGGGGCCGACUCGCCCCUUUCCGGGGGAGACCUGGACCCAGCGCUGGGGUCAGAUGUCUUCUGUGGCCAGGGUGACACCCCCGACAGCCACCCCGCCAGGGUCUGCCGGCGAGUGAAGCAAGGCUGCGCGGAGUUCACAGACAUCCUCCUGGGGCCACCCCCGCCCGGGUACCGCCCCUUCCUGUCCCUGGACAGCCUCUCCCAGGGCACAGGCAGCAGGUCCAGAGGUGUCCCCGGGGGGACGACGUCCUCGGGACAGGAGCCGCCAGGAGGCAGCAGGCCCCACGGGACGGCAGCAGCAGGGCUGGUGGCAGCGCUCCCAGCUCUCCAGACAGUUUACAGACUGUGAAGGGAAAAGCACGUUUGCUUCUCUCUCGAGAGCCACAGGGCCACCCCGGGCCCCACCCAGGGAGCCCUGCCCGGCCCCUUCCCCACGCCGGCCGGGCGGGGGCUCCGACAGCAGCCCAGGCCUUCAGAGGUUUAGUUAUUUUAAAAAACAUUUUAAAGGAAAUGAAUUAUUUUUCUCCUAAAAAGGUAGGAAAGUAUCUGCAAAAGAGCCCUCCCCCCAGCCACGCAGCUCGGGGGCCUGGGAACAGCCGCGCCCGGCCCUCCACCGCAGCCCCGCUCUGCCUCCGGGACACCCGAGUGCGUGGCCGGGCCGGGGCCGGAGGUCAGGCGCGGCUCCCUGCCCUGAGACUCACUUGCUGGCUAAGCCGACUGUGCGCCCCGCACCCCGGGAAGGCACGGCCUGGCCGCACAGUCACAGUGCCGGGGCCGUGGCCUCCGGGCGACUGAGGACUGGCCCCACGUGUCUCUUGCAGGGGAGUACGUGGUCAUGGUCCACGACGUGACUGCUCCUCCGUUCCUGGGCCGCACGCUGCCCACGGCCUGCAAACACCUGCGGGUCCUGGCGGG